GAGCGUACACAUUGCACAGAUUGCGCGUCCACGCCAACGACACUGACUUAACUUCUGGUGGAAUCAGCGUGGAAGUUCGGAGAGUCUAAAGCCGCAGUCGAGUUUAAAACUGUGGAACUUUCGGUGACCUCGAAGCAGCAAAGUGACCAUGGAUGACCUGGAUGCCUUACUAGCUGACCUAGAGUCGACGACAUCCCACAUUUCAAAGCGACCAGUGUUCUUGCCUGAUGAGACGCCCUACUCCAUCCCCACCAGUGAAAACUAUUACCAGGAUCUAUCAGUUCCACCUCCAGUACCACCUCCACCGACAGCCGAGGCUCUCAACGGUUCAGUGCGAGACCACAAAGACUCGCAGCACUCCUCUCAGCAGUCUCUAGGUUCGGCCCAAAAGAGCUCAUGGUCGGGGGACAGAAGCAGUUCUCCACAGUCUCACACUGAAGAAGACCACGUCUACAGCUUUCCUAACAAACAGAAGUCAUCAGACUCAUCGACAGCAGCCAUGACCUCAGCCCUCGGCAGCAACCUCUCAGAACUUGACAGGCUACUGCUAGAGCUCAAUGCGGUUCAGCAGAGCUCCCCUUCCUUCCCCACUACAGAGGAGAGGGCACCGCCCUUGCCAUCCACAAGCAUCACACACUAUGAAAAUGGCAAUACUCCUGAAAUCCGAAUUAGCCCACCCCUUCAUGAGGAGCCCAAGAGAAAUGGAACAAAGUCGGAUGAGGCUCGGCCAACAGUGGAGAGUCUUUUGGAUGAGCUGGAGGGUUCAGUGCCCUCAACAAGUGGUUUGGACAGUCCCACUCAGCAACAAGCCCGGAUUUCAGCUUCUUGUGCCACAAGAGAGUUGGACGAGCUGAUGGCCUCCUUGUCCGACUUCAAGCCCAGCUCUCUGGGCUCUUUGCUGCACCCAACAGGAGCAACUUCUACCACUUCUCAUCUUCCAGUCUCUACCUUCAUCCCCCCAGUGGCUUCUCCUUUCUUCAGUCUGUCCCACCCAUCUACCUGUGCCUCUUCUUUGUUGUCUCUGCCUGCUGGUCUCGAGCUGCACAUAGACGAGGACGGAGGAGACAGAGGCUUGUCAUCGUCUCAUCUGAAUCAUAUUCCCUGUCACAGUCCUAUCUCCUCUCUUUCUGCGGCCAGUGACCUCGACUUUGUAGCAGAUGCGUUUGCCUUUGUGCCCCCAUCCCCGAGCCAUUUGCUGCAGGUCAUGUCACAGUCAGCGUCUUUAAGCUCCAGCAUGCAGAGAACCAGUUCAAGCCCAUCCACUACUCCCUCACUGACCUCAGUAAACACGGUCCUGGACAAGACCUCACAGUCACCUAGUCCAUCUGUAGAGCAGUUUUCACCCUCAGCUGCUGCUUGUAAUCAGUCUUGUUCACCUGACAAAAAAACCAAUGGGUCUUUUGUCAUCCAUGAUCCUAGUUUGAAUCACUCUGCUUCUCCCCUUCACACACUCACCCCUUCUAUCUCUUCACCUUCACCUCUCCCUGCUACUUCCUCUAUAUCGCCUCCCCUCACAAGGUUUUCCUGCCAAACCUCCACUACAAACAUCAUUUCCCCUGUGACCUUCCCGACUUCUUCAAUCCCUACUGGACAUGUGCUGGAGCCAAGACCCACAACCAAGAGUGCCAGCCCCCUCGUCCUGCAUCAACUCCCCUUAGAGGAAACCUCCCUGGAUGAAGCGCUGGACAAGCUGUUAGCAAUGAGUUUUUCACAAAAUCUGUCAGCUGACCCGCAGCUGACGAUGGAGACACAUUGUCUCAGCGGAGAUGCCCCAGAAGUACAGGAGUUUUUCCUUCCCAUGGACAGAAACUGUGCGCAGCCCAACACUUUCACCUGUGCCACCAACACCAUUACUGACGAAUCAGUGGACGGAGGUACCGAUGCCAAUGGAGAGCUGGACUGGGCCGAUGAGGAGCUGUCCAUGUCUUUCCACGACGGUUUUGAUGGCACCAUGACGCCUUAUACCGAGAGAAUGUACACAGAUGGCAGCAUGACCCCGCUGACAGAAGCCAGCUGGAUGGACGAGUGCAUGACGCCGUCCACAUGCCCCGGGACGCCUGAUGUUGCCCUGGAUUUACCUUUGCUGCAGCCUCCCAAUAUGGACCGAGUCUCUGCAUCGGGUCAUAUCAAAUCAGUAAUAAGGCGGACUAAGGAGAUCCCCAACGUGCAUCCUAUGUAUCGAGAAGGUCUCCUGCGCAGGAAAAUGGGACCUAUCAUUGUCAACAAGAACACUUCCCAAGAUCGCCUCAUCGAGGAGCUUCAGGGCAAGUUCGGUAUCGCCCGCCCGGAGCGGCGGCGUAAACAAUCAGACGACUGGCUGACCGACGGGGUCGUUGUCACGUCCAAACCACAGCGUUUCCGUCCUGACGGAGCCGCCGGCGAAGUUGACAAGCUCAUAAUUACACCCGGGUCGCCUGUUCCUGCGAGAAAGGUUCUCCCGCCUCAAUCACCUCCCAUUCCUCAUCACCCACCAGUCACAGAAGAACCUAAACAAAUACUUCCACGCCAGCAGGCUCCUGUUCCUAUACCUCCACCCCCUCUGCCACCUUCUCCCCUCGCUCAGCCUUCUCACAGCCAGCAGCACAUCACAGCACCCCCUCAGCAGCUAAGAGCACCUUUACCAGCCGAAGUUCAGGAACUUCCUGCCCCCAAACCAGAGCCCUCUCCUUCUGUUCGUAUAAGCCCAACCCAGCUACCACCUGUGGAAAAUGUCCCACCAGUUGCAGACAAAGCCCUGGUAUCUGUAGGCUGCCAAACUGACUACGACCCACUCUUCUCCCCAGUGCAGAUGGCUCAAGGCAAGGGGGGUUCUCCUGGCAGUGCCAAGACACAGGUCAACAAGCUGGACAACAUGCUCGGGAGCCUGCAGUCUGACCUCAACAAACUGGGAGUGCAGACUGUCGCUAAAGGAGUUUGUGGCGCCUGCUUGAAGCCAAUCGUGGGCCAGGUUGUAAUCGCCAUGGGCCGCACGUGGCAUCCUGAACACUUUGUGUGCACGCACUGUCAAGAGGAGAUCGGCUCCAGAAACUUCUUUGAGCGUGAAGGACAGCCCUACUGUGAGAGAGACUACCACAACCUUUGCUCGCCACGAUGCCACUACUGCAACGGGCCCAUUCUCAAUCAAGUUGUGACCGCGCUGGACAAAACCUGGCAUCCCGAACACUUCUUCUGCGCUCAGUGCGGAUGCUUUUUCGACCCAGACGGGUUUCAUGAAAAGGAUGGAAAGGCAUACUGCAGGAAGGAUUACUUUGACAUGUUUGCACCAAAGUGCGGUGGUUGUGCCAGAGCCAUUGUGGAGAACUACAUCUCAGCGCUCAACUCCCUUUGGCACCCAGAGUGUUUUGUUUGCCGGGAGUGCUUCACGCCAUUUGUGAACGGAAGUUUCUUCGAGCACGACGGCCAGCCUUACUGUGAAGUCCACUACCACGAGCACCGCGGCUCUCUGUGCUCCGGCUGUCAGAAGCCCAUCACGGGCCGCUGUAUCACGGCCAUGUCCAAGAAGUUCCACCCGGAACACUUCGUCUGUGCUUUCUGCCUCAAGCAGCUAAACAAAGGCACCUUUAAAGAACAAAACGACAAACCCUACUGCCAUGGCUGCUUUGUCAAGCUCUUCAGUUAAGGAGUGCAGGAGCUUCUAUACGUGUGGUACUGCACACUCUAUUUUGGGUCAGGGUCUAGAAAAGUAAGGUUUAAAGCCUAUAAUUUGUAACAGAGUAGGUCUUUAGCUUUUUAAGGUGUAUGGGUUGAGUACAUGUAUAGUCUGAACAGGGGUGCCCAAAAGGGCCAAAGUCAAAAUGCGCCAAUGGGUCACCGUGAUUUGAAGUGUGAAACACAAAUAGCCUUGAUGUCAAUUUUUAAAAAAACAUUCAAUGACGUGUUAGUCUUGUGGAAAUGCCAGCAAGGAUUAUGCAAGCUUUAGGGGUGUCCUGAUUGGAGCCUUGAGGAUCCGAUUUAAAGGUUUGAUGGAGAGAAAUUAGUCAAAGCAAGAACAUUUUGUAGGGAUGAAAAACACAAAACAUUUUACAAUUAACCAGGAUUGUCCGAACUUUCUACUGAGGGCCGCAGACUGAAAAACCAAAGGAUGUUGGGGCCAUUUUGAAAAUGUUUCACGUGCAAAUGAAGUGAAGUGAAUUAUAUUUAUAUAGCGCUUUUUCCUCAAGUGACUCAAAGGGCUUUACAUAGUGAAACCCAAUAUCUAAGUUACAAUUAAACCAGUGUUGGUGGUAUUGGGAGCAGGUGGGUAAAGUGUCUUGCCCAAAGACACAACGGCAUUGACUAGGAUGGCGGAAGCGGGGAUCGAACUUGCAACCCUCAAGUUGCUGGCACGGCCGCUCUACCAACCGAGCUAUACCGCCCCUAUAAUACAAUAUUUUUUUUUUUCUAAAAAUGUUAUCAGCGCAGAGCUUAUUUCCUGUUACGCCCCUCCCACAGGGAGAAGAAAACAACUAUAAUAGUAUUAUAUUUAUAUAAAAAUGUUGUAAGGACACCUGUGCAUAUGUAUCCUAAUUAACAUUAAAGAGAAUAACUUUAGAUCAACUUACAACAAAAAACUUCAUCAACAUUUUUUUCAGUCAGAACAGAAAAUAUUUCAAGUGCAUCAAUUUGCCUGAAAACAAGUCAUCUUAUUUAAACUGUAAGCAUCUUUUGACCGAAUUCAUUCAUUUAAGCUCAGGACGCAGUAUGUUGAUGGAUGCGGACACGUUUGUUACUGGAGCCUUUGUGUUUGUAAGUAAUAUGCAACUAUAAAUAUUUAUAGUUGUUAACAAUUGUGUUUUGGACUGCAACUUUCACUUCAAGACACUCAUUACAUAUGACUAGUUUGUGUGCUGAGCUGCUGUGUAGCUGCUAGCUCAUCGUAGCCUGUGACUACCCAUAUUUACCUUUGCUUGGUGCUUAUUGAAUGACUUUUUGCAGCUGCUUGUAUCGGAUAUUAUACCUGAGAUUACUCCUUUCAAGAUGAUAUAAUCCCAUAUUAUUAUUAUUAUUAUUUUUGCUGGUACCUGAUCAGGACACCCCUAGUGAGCUUGAAAAAGGUCAGUAUGAACAACGUAUCAAAUUUGGGAAGCCAAACACAAGAAUUCAACAGGCUAGAUUUGGCCCCCGGGCCCCUCUUUGGGCACCCCUGGUGUAAACUAGUCUGUGAUGCAGAUAUAUCCAGCAUAUACUGUAAGAACUAUGAAACUCAUCAAGGAUAGUUCGACUUGUGUUUUACUACAUACACUCAUUACUUCAUUUCUGUUGUUGUUUCACUUUUACUUCAGGCGGGGGUGAAAGCAUUCUGAAGGCCAAAGUAAUCAUGAAGUGUGCUUAGUUAACAUUCUCACUGGUUGAGCGUGUCAGGAAGUUGACAUCAGACCAUGGUAGCAGGAAGCAGGUGACCUGAUACUGCACAAAAAAACACUCUUUCAGCUGAUACUGUUUUUUAAAAAAGUCUUCUCUAAUUGUGAGGCCGUAGUUGUGUACAGGCUGACAGCUGAUGAGAUGAGUGGGAGGAAGGCUAGGAAAAGGCAGAGGGAGCUGGUGUGUUCAUGGUGAGAGAGACACUAACCAUGAAUACCUCCCCAGAAUGAAAAGUUGAAUGCAUGAACAGAUUAGAUUGGAGCAGAAAUGCGUUGAAUGAGCAAUCAAUGACUCUGCCAGCAGAAAACAUUUUCUCUUCAGUUCUGCAGACUUAUUUGUUAACACCAGCAUGUUGGAAACAUAUUUGAUGUGCACAAACGGCAGCGUAACAAAACAAUGUUUCUAGUUCCAUUAUUCAUCUCUGCAUCUUUUAUUUGUAUUUGAGAAAUUCCAGUAUUGCUGUCUCAAACAAGUGAAAGCAGCUCACAGCUUUUAUUAAUGUUUCACCUGCCAAAUCAUUCCAUAUUUUCAGACAAAUAGCGAAUAAGCGUCAUUCAAACCAGUGUAACUUUUCACAGAUAUUAGGAGUAGGAGGUUGUGGUGAUUCCUGCCACCUCUUAAUGCUAAGUUUGUACUGUACUGCAAUUAUUUAAACAUGCAUUUUUGUACAACUGUAGUUUCAGGCAAGGUAGUGAUAGUCUGUGUCGCUUGGUGUGCUUACCGUAUUUCCUUCAAAUGCCGCCGGGGCGCUAAUUCAUUUAAAACCUCUUCUCACUCCGGCGCUUACCAAAGGCAUGCGGUAAAUUUAGGCCCGCGCUUAAGAAUUUGAGUGUGAUGUAAGGAUACCAUCAUGAAAAGCACAUUUAAUUAAAAAAAACGUUAUUAUGGUCUUACCUUUACUUAUAAAUGAAGUCCAUGCGCAGCUCCUUCUGAUCAAAAGCAUUGAUAACUUGUUUAUUGAAGUCUUCCUUAUCUUUCUUCAGUUUUAAAAGUCUCUCUGUCUCGAUGGAGAUCUUCCUUUAUUACCUCCUGCUUCGAUUGAAGGUCCAGUUUAGAAAAGUGUUUUAUUUUAGAUAUGUAAUCCUCCAUGUUAAAAGUGCAAGCGAGAGGAAAAAAUAAACGAUCGCUGCUCACUCUUGCUGCUUGUUGUCACUUCUUCUGCAGCCGAGUAGUCGCAAGAAGGAUCACUAGCGCCCUCUACCACCAGGAGGCGGGAGUCAUUUAAUGACUCAUAUUUGACACACGCAGCUACGGUAUAUUAAUAAAACAUAGCUGCUUACUGUUCUUUUUAGCAUAUUGAACAGCUUGGACCUUAAAUCCUACUGAACAGCUCUUAAUCUUCUUCCCUUUAUGCGAUUUCCAAUGAUUGAAAUCAGCCCCCUCCAUUUUGAAAAUGAUGACAGGUGAAGUGUCACUCGUGACGUGACGAGUUUGACCCUGUGGAAAUUCUGGACAUGCGCUAAUAAAAAUAAUAUUUUGCGAAACGAGUUUGACCCGGCAGUAAUUCUAGACAGGCGCAUACUAUAUACCCGGCGGCAAUUCAAGGAAAUACGGUAUGCUUGAUAACCACUCUAACAAUGACAGUGAAAGAAAGUGGUAUUGCAACCAUGCAGUCAGUCCGAGUCCAUGUUGGUGUUGACAGUCAUUUGUGUAAAAACCAGCAAGGAAGAUGACCACCAGGUUUAGUUCACAUGAUGGAAGGUGCUUUGGUCUUUCUGUGCAGUGUUUUAAAGCCGUGGUUUGCAAACAUUUUUUCACCAACUCAGAAAGGACUUUGCUCUUCAAGUACCACCUAAUGGCCAACAUUGAAAUACAGUAGGUCUAGUGUUCAUUACAAGUAUAUUUAAUAUUUUGGUCACUGUAACAUUACACACAUUUUGAACAGUAACACUGUGUAUGUGAUUAUUUGGCAUGCCACUAGAUCAGGCCUGGACAAUUAUUUUGACUCUGGUGGCCAAAUUUGAAAAAAAAAAUGUGUAUGGGGGCUGGUAUAUCUGAUUUUCAAGAACACAAAUACAAAACCUCACAAUAAUGUCUGAUUGAAUGCUAAAAAACUUUAUGACAGACCGCCUGAAAAAACGGAAUGGGAUUUUAUGUUUUUUUACUGCGUGAGACACCCAGAAUGUCCAUGAAAAUAAAGAAUGUGGGACUGACAAUAUUAACUAUGAAGGAUAAAACACUGAAUUUUGCCAAUAUAUGAACAUCACACCCCCUCUGCAUCCACAUAUUUUACAAUCAAGCAAAAUGCAACAAACACAGCAAAAUAUGAACGCGAAGGGUAAAAAAAAACAAAAAACCUACAAUCUGAUAUAUGCGAUAUAUCACAAAGCUUUACAACUUUCUUGUAAAAAUCUCCUUCCGUGUCUGUCCCUGACACCCACUUUUCAGGUUCUGGAAACACUCUGUGGAAACACUCCCCUCCCACACUGCUUGGUGCCUCGUCUGAGCUGCUGGGACUUAAAUGACCAUAACUACAAACCCUGUUUCCAUCUGGGUUGGGAAAUUGUGUUAGAUGUAAAUAUAAACAGAAUACAAUGAUUUGCAAAUCCUUUUCAAGCCAUAUUCAGUUGAAUAUGCUACAAAGACAACAUAUUUGAUGUUCAAACUCAUAAACAAUUUUUUUUUGUAAGUAAUCAUUAACUUUAGAAUUUGAUGCCAGCAACACGUGACAAAGAAGUUGUGAAAGGUGGCAAUAAAUACUGAUAAAGUUGA